GGUCCCGCGGCGCCGGGGAGAGCCUGGCGAGAGCAGAUUGGACCUUCCGCGGAAUCAUCCGUGACUGUGUCUUCACUCUGAGCUACAACGGCUUCCCAGUGGGACCACUGCUCAGGGGAGAGUUCUGAGGUUUUCCUAAAGAGAAAUUCCAUGGGGACUGUACCUGACCCUCUGAGAUCGGCUAAAACGUCCCUGAUCACAGCUUCUGGAAAAGAGGAGGAUCCGAGAGAGGUGCGGGCUGCCUCUCCUCAGCCUGCACCAGCCGCGCUGUGUAAGAACACCAAUGGCCUUUCCAGUGCACCUGCCGAACCAGACCUCAGCCCCAGGGCAGCUGCCAAGGCCCUGAUGCAGGCCUGUGAGCAUGAGACCACCCAGCCAGACAUGUCUUCUCCUGGCGUCUUCAAUGAGGUGGAAAUAGCUUCUCCCACACUCAACUCUCCUGCCAAUACCCAGCUGCGAGGAAGCAGCAAGCCUGUAGCACCAGCCCCGUGUUCUGCAGCAGGAAAGGAUCUUAUACACACAACAUUUACAAUGCCAGCCAGUCAGCAGACCCACCAGGCCAUUUCAGGUGAACAGCCUAAUGCCGGUCACUUGUCAGGAUCUGAAGAUCCCCUGGUGAAAUCACAGAGAACCUCAGAUGGAGAGCAACCUGAGAAGUCAAGUUGUCCAGUGGGAAGCACUUGUAACAACAGCAAAGAUCAAGUGCCCUGUGAUUUUUCUUCUCAAGAAACAAUCCAAGGAAUGGUGCAAACUGCAAAUGCAGCAGCCAGGGUGUUCAGUCAUGCCUCCUCUCCUGUAGGCGGACAUAAAGGGGAAAGGCAGGGAGCCAUUUGCGACUCACAGAUGAGGUCCUGUAAAUCUCCAGCAAGAGAAGACAGAUGUUUAGGGAAUAAACAGCCCUCUGCCCCCACCUCAAACACCCAGGCGGGGACUUCUGUGACACCUCAAGCAUCCCUCAUUAGCAAAGUUUCAACGUUUCCUCCAGAUGCAGAAAAAGUGCUGCUACCAGCACAGCAUCAGGUGUCAAAGUUCAAAGAAGCAAGUACAAUGACGAACCAAGCUGAAAAUGAGAUCAAGGAAGUUCCCAACAGGGCUCGGCAAGAUGCUGAGGUGCAGGCAGUGGCAAGUGUUGAGAGCAGAUCAGUCUCGACCAGCCCCAGCAUCCUCACUGCAUUCUUAAAGGAAACCUCCCCUACUCCUGAGCACUUUGAACAACAUGAGCAGCUGCGUGUCAUUUGCCAUGGCAGUAGAAGUCACACACUGGAGCUGUCAGACAGCACCCUAGCCCCCCAGGAACUGGGGCAGUGCCCUAGUAUCAUGCCAGAAGUGCACAUCCAGACAGUUGCAGCUGUUUCUGCAGCUUUCCAAGGGGAUAGUAAAUUGGUGAGCCUACCAGGUGAGGUCCUCAAAACCUCAUCAAGCAGUGUGGCAUCCAGUAAUGUUCAGGAUACAUGUAAAGAAGAUGGGAGGUCGGCAGGAAUGACUCCAGUAAGAGUGGAGCCUACCUCUAAACAGCUUUCAGGUACUAAUUCUAGCUCCCUGAAAGCUAGCCCUACUGACCAGGUUUCUAUAAGUGUAGGGAGUCAGGAUGAAACAAGUCAUGGAUUGGGGAAAUUUAAAACCAAGCCAUCUGAGCUUGCAGUGAAAACCACAAAUGGCCACAAAACAGAGCCAGAUUGCAAACUCUCCAACUCUUGUGGCCCUGCCAGCCAAGCCGACCAGUCCGGGAGCUUGGAUCCCACUAAUAAUGGAGAUGGGAGAGAGAAGAAGCCUGCGUCUUCUCAGAUAGUAAAAGAACAGGAGCCUAAGGAUACUGAUAUCCUCGAUGCCAGGGCAGGAGCAGAGGCCAAAAAUCUGCUCAAUCCUAAAUCUCAAGAAAGUGGAGGCACGGGAUCAGUUGCCAGUCCCAUACCCUCCCCGAUUAGAAAUAACCAGGAGGGCACUGUGGAAGAAAUUAGACAGACCAAGACAGCCACCAGCCUGAGCCUGCCGUCUGAUUCCAUGGGUGACUCUAGUCCUGGUUCGGGCAAGAGGACCCCUUCGCGGUCGGUCAAAGCCAGCCCGCGCCGGGCCAGCCGCGUCAGCGAGUUCCUCAAGGAGCAAAAGUUAAACGUGACAGCGGCUGCCGCCCAGGUGGGGCUCACUCCAGGAGAGAAGAAAAAGCAGCUCAGCGUGGACUCCAAGCUGCAGUUGAAACAGUCCAAGCGUGUCAGGGACGUCGUGUGGGAUGAGCAGGGCAUGACCUGGGAAGUGUAUGGCGCUUCCCUGGACCCGGAAUCCCUGGGCGUCGCAAUCCAGAACCACUUACAGAGACAAAUCCGGGAACACGAGAAAUUAAUCAAAGCGCAAAGCAGCCAGACCCGGAGAUCCAUUUCCUCAGAUACUUCUUCAAAUAAAAAGCUCAAAGGAAGGCAGCACAGUGUUUUCCAGUCCAUGCUGCAGAACUUGCGACGCCCCAACUGCUGCGUUCGUCCUGCCCCUUCCUCUGUGUUAGAUUGAAAGGGAACGUGUAUCGGAGCCCUUGUAUACAUUUAGGGUCUCCUUAAAUGUCAGUCCCUGGCAAACCUUAGUUUUUGUUGUUGUUUUUUUCUGAGAGACCAGGAAGAGAAAGCGAGGAUUAACUGUAGGAAAUUGCUAUUAAGAAAUGUUAGGUCCUUUGAUCGGGACUCCAUAAAUUAAAAUAUUGUUUCAAUUUGAAAGAAAGAGAGAAAAGGAAGCUUCCCUGAAAGUUUACAACCUUAAUUAAGAGGAAAUAAUAUUCACUGGGGUUUUUAAUAUGAUGUUGCUUUUAGAACUAGCAUUAAUACACAUGUCAUUUUGUGUUACUGUCUCAAUUUAUCAUACUAUGGUAUUUCCAUUAAACUCCCUGCUUUAUAUUGAAAAUACUAAAAACACUAUUAGCAAAAGCACUGUUAUACUUUCUAGUCCUAUUACAAUAAGACUGCUGUUACCACACAAAUUGUAAGUGGCUGAGAAGAACUAUAAUGUAAAAAUUUGAAAAAAAAUUUGACUCAUUCCUAGGUCAGAUGAUAUUAAGUAAAAGCAUUUAAAUGCAUAAAUAAAAUACCAAAUGUGAAUUAAUAUUUGUAAACAUCUACAGAUAACCAUUUUAUAAACCUUCUUAUACCUCUUAAUAAAUGUAGGAAAGUUAUAUUAGGGAAAUUAGCUAUGCUUUUGAAUAUUAAUACUGCCCACAUAAAACAUGAAUUUUAUACACAGACUUUCCUGCACUGGAAGCAAGGUGCAUCUCUGUGAUUCUGACGAGAUUAAAUUCAUAUUUCCUUACCAUAGAGGAAGUACACGCUCCUGAAUUCUUGACAAGAAUCAUCAUAUUAUCUAUAAGACUAAAUUUUAUGUUGUACAGAUAUUCUCCAAAAACAUUGUACUGAGAACAUUAAGGUUCAGGUAAGGAAUUAUAAACAGCCAAUUAACAAACACUCUUCUUUCUAUGUUGAAAAAUGAAAGCUUCCUGAGUAACAAAAACAAUAUGUUUAAUUUAGACUCCUGUAAACAUGAUAGAGUUUGUGUUUCUCUUUUGAUUUGGUCAGUAGCUCCUAAUAGAAAAUGUAGUCAACACCAAAUAGAACACAAGCUUCCUCACAGUUUUUGUGUGUAGACUAGUAUCAUGUAAUUGCUUAAGUUUCUAAUCUGUAGCAAAAAGGUAAACUCUGCAAAUUUACUGAUUUUAAAAGAAAUAACAUUAUAUCUCAUCUUUCAAAUUCUAUAAAAGAAGAGGUCUCCCUUAAAACACAGUGUGAGCUCUGGGUGGGCUAUAGUACUUGAGAACAUAGGUGCCUGUUUGAGCUCAGCUCUUAUCUGUCUCCAGAAGACCCUGUACAGGGGACCCACGAGUGUCUUGCAGAGUGCUGGGCUGGGAUGACCAGCAGUGGCUUGAGAGUUGGGGUAGUGUUGAACAGAAAAAUGAGCUAGGGCCCUGGAAAGGCUUCCCCUCCUGGAUUCAUUGUAGGGAGAUCACUGGUCUCUACCUUGCAUUUAGAAAAUCAGAUUGUCAGAUGUUGGAGAGGCACUGGUUGCCUUCUCUGAACUCAUUCCCCUAGAUAAGACAGAUGGCCAUGUGUUCUCUCUCUGGAGACUCAUAUAUGCCAAUUUUACAUGAACUCAAAAUCUGUUUUGAGUUCUUUUUUUUUUUUUCAAUUUUAAUUCUUUUGCAAAUUCUGAACAUAUGGGGAAAACUCAUACCUAAACUUUCACACCACAAGCUACAUUGGAUGUAGCUUAAAUUAGUAAUAGCCAUUGAUUUCUUUCAAAAUAAUCAGAUUGCAUAUGAAGUCUGCAUACGUAGACCACAGUCACAGCAUUCUCAGAGACUGAGAAUGGUACUUAUAGCGGUUGUACUUGGAACUUACAAUGAUUUUUUAAUGACACAUUUUUCAGUUUCUUACCAAUUUGCUUCUAUUUAGAAUGCUAUCUAAAGUAGAAAUUACCAUCAAAUUAGCAAUCAAAUGACUAUUAACAAUUAGAGAUUAAGUCUAAAAUUCUCUCUUUUGGCCUUAAAUAUUUGUUUGUAGCAAUGUUCAUGUCACUUCCGUCAGAGAUGCCUUUUCCAGGAUGUCAUCUCACUUCUGUCUCUCGCUCACUGGCUGUCUCCCUCACACAUUGGCAUAUAUGCUGUGUAUACACAGAGAAUACUCUGUGUACACAGUGGCAGCUGUCAACAGUACCCACUCCAGCUGAGUGGGCCCCAAGUAAUCCUCUGCUGUGAACUGGCUAGAACAGGCUGUUCCUGCAUUAAAAUAGGAGAAAAGGAAGAAUUCAGCAUCUGGUGAUAAUAUUUAUUUUCAUGAGUUUGGAGUAACCACAUGAUUUAUAAAUAGUUAAACGAAGCAGAGGCCUAAAAGUGUUAUAGACACUUGUCCCACAUUAAAUAAAGAAAUUAAUAAAAUUUAACCAAAUUAAAGCUAAACUUGGUGUUAUUGUGCCUCAUAUUAAAACUUAACAUUUUAGGUAGUAACUUUAACUGGUUUUCUUUG